AUGCGGGACUUAGUCCCAUUCCUAUCACUGGCAUUUCUGGCUUUUGGAGAUGCGCAUGUAGCGCUCACAUUCCCUGAAGCACGAUUUCCGCCAUUAGACUUUCUCGACACAUCACGUACUCAUGGACCUUGUGGUGUUCCACUGCCACGACGACCGCAUUACACAAAUUUGGUCGCAGGCAGUACCUACAACUUCACAUGGAGGAUGCAAUACCCACAUCAGGGCGGUUACCGAAUAGUCCUCAUCGACAAAGAAGGUCAAACCAUAGAAGAAUUAGCACCUUUGAAUGGAAUGGAAUUUGCCGGUACCGAUGAACCAAUCGCCCAAUCACAAAAUGUUCGAUUCACACGCGCAUGCUCUCAAUGUACAGUGAUAUUUGAGCGACAAGCAUUGGAAUGGGGUCAAAAUUAUCGGUUCCGUAGCUGCGCCGAUGUGAAUGUCCUGGAAACAAUGCCUGGUAGGUGA